AAUAUAAGUACAAGUUUACUCUUGUGUAAUCUACAAUUCUUCACCAAAAUUAUCCAACCAAUCUUUCAAACAAACCAACAACUCCACAACAUAGUACGAGUCUAACUAUAUCGUCUAUCAUCAUUUAGUUUUCAUGUAUGAAUCCUAUAACUUGUUCAAAUGUUUGAAAGUAUCAACUCGAUUACUCUUCUUAUGACAAUACCUUCCAGGUAAGCUAGGUAGAUAAAAUAAAACUGAUUUUUCCCCCUAAUCUUUGUCUUUUAACUUGGUUAAAUUACAUUCUAAUUUUGGCAUUAAUGCUAAAGAUCGUUUGCCCCUUGCUAUUCGCUUCACAAUUUCUCUCUCCUCUCUGUCUUUCUCUCUCUAAAUCUUUUUUAAUUUUGUAGAAUUUUCUCAAUAUUUUUUUUGCGUUCAAUCUUAUUUAUUGAAAAUUUGAUAUCUAUAUACCCCAGAAAGAAAUCAAACCGAAUCCCUCUUCCAAUUUCAAAUCAUAUAAACAGGGUAAUAUUUCCUGUUGGAAGAGAGGAGCUAGAAUUUGAAGGUUUUGUAGUAAUAUUAUUGAAAAAGAUGUUGACAGUUUGAAAUUCGUUAAAAAGACAAAAAUGGCUGCCAAAAACAUUGCAAUGUUUUCUGAUACAAAAAGCCGAAGGUCAUGUAUUUGCAGUGUUUUUCAAGCAGCUGCUGCAGUUGUCCUAAUUUACUUGAUAGGGAGUGUUUUUAUUCUACCAGUUUACAGACAGGAUACUCCAAAAAUGGGGCUUGCUGGAAGUAUGGACCUAUUACUAGGCAAUAGAUGUGAGAAUCAGUGCAGACCUCGUGGAAGCGAGUCAUUGCCUCAAGGUAUUGUUGCAAAGAAUUCUAAUUUGGAAAUGAGACCACUAUGGGGCCUUCCAGAGAAAAGUAACUCAUCACUGAGUUUGCUGGCAGUUGCUGUUGGGAUUAAGCAAAAACAACUUGUGAAUGCAAUGGUUAGCAAGUUUCUCUCGACGGGUUUUUCUGUGAUGCUUUUCCAUUACGAUGGUAAUCUUGAUCAAUGGAAGGAUUUUACGUGGAAUGAUCGGGUCAUACACAUAUCUGCAAUCAAUCAAACUAAAUGGUGGUUUGCAAAGCGAUUCAUGCAUCCAGAUGUAGUUGCUGCCUAUGAAUAUGUUUUUCUCUGGGAUGAAGAUAUUGGAGUAGACUAUUUUGAUCCUUUAAGGUAUGUAUCCAUCGUUAAAGAGGAGGGUCUUGAAAUCUCCCAGCCAGCACUUGAUGGUAACAGAUCAGAGGUGCAUCACCAGAUUACAUCUCGGGGAAGGAGAGGAAAAGUUCACAGGAGAACAUACAAGCAUAAUGAAUGCGAUGAAGACAGUUCUGGUCCUCCUUGUACAGGGUGGAUAGAAGUCAUGGCUCCAGUGUUCUCUCGAGCAGCAUGGCGUUGUGUAUGGUACAUGAUUCAGAAUGACUUGAUCCAUGCUUGGGGUUUGGACAUGCAGCUGGGAUAUUGUGCCCAGGGAGAUCGAACCAAAAAAAUUGGGGUUGUAGAUGCUGAGUAUGUGAUACAUUACGGCCUACCUACACUAGGGGAGCCACUAGGAAAAAAGCCUCAACUCCAUGUGCUUGACAAGCGGGUUGAAGUGAGGAGACAGUCUUACAACGAAUACAAGGUCUUCAGAAGGCGAUGGGAUAAAGCUGCCCUAACCGAUGAAUGCUGGACAAAUCCCUAUCCACAACCAUUGAAACCAAUCUCUCGGUAACAGGUACACAACACCGAAAGACUUUAUAUACACAGAUUAAGGACAUAAUAGUUGUUUAUAGAUAGCAUUUACAGAAAUGAAGUCUGCUAAAUACCAAACUAUGAAAGAACAUUUUUGUACAGAAGAGUUGUAUACAAUGUAUAACAAUAGUCAAAAUAUAUUUAGUUAUUUGUAAGCUUGUCUGGGUUUGAGUUAUGUGCCAUACUUGGCCUGGCUUGUAUAUAAAUACGAAUUAUAAAGUAUUAAGUAUACAACUAUAGUCUAUACAUGAUAUGAUUCUAUCAUGCCAAAGAAAAGUUGUGUAUUUUGGUCAUGUUUGGUUGAUCUAGUGGCAUCUACCAUUUUCGUCUUUUUGGAGUCAUGUUGUUUUUAUUAUUAUUAUCCGUGUAUAACCUUUAGUUAUGGACCCUUAUGAUAGAUCCCUAUAAAAAGAUAAGUUGUUGAUUUAUUUACGGUUAUGACUUUGAUAUAUCAAGGAGAUUAUUGGUA